AUGUCCGCAGCUAGGGUGCUCGAUUGUGUCGUGGUGGGCGCCGGGGGCGCCAUGGGCUCGGCGGCCCUGUUCCACCUUGCCAAGCGAGGGGUGCAGGUGCUGGGCCUGGAGGCGCAGCCCUCCGCGCCCCACAGCUACGGCUCCUCCCACGGCCUCUCCCGCAUCAUCCGGCUCUCCUACUUUGAGCACCCAUCGUACGUGCCGCUGGUGCGGGAGGCGUACCGCCUGUGGCGCGGCUUGGAGCAGGAGAGCGGGGAGCGGCUGCUGACGAUGACCGGCUGCAUCAACACAUCGCCGCCAGAUGCAGACUGCGGCCCGGGCACCAGCUGCUUCCAGGGAGCCUUGCGCUCAGGCAAGUCUAGCAGCAAGCUUCUCCCGUGCUCCCAGGAGCACGGCUUGGCUCACGAGGUGCUGACCAGCAGCGAGGUUGAGCAGCGUUUCCCAGGGUACCACCUGCCCCCCAGCUUCCAAACCAUGUAUGAGCCGGAGGGCGGCUUCCUGGUGCCCGAGCGCUGCAUCCAGGCCCACCUGCACCUCGCCCAGCGCCACGGCGCCGAGCUGCUGUGUGGCGCCAAGGUCCUGGGCUGGCAAGUUGGGGCACAAGGCCUGGUGCGAGUGCAAACGACCAGAGGCGAGUUCAUCGCCAGGCGAUUGGUGUUGGCGGCAGGAGGCUGGAUGCCGCAGCUGGUGCCGCAGCUGCGGCCCAUCCUGACUGUUGAGCGGCAGGUGGUGGGCUGGUUCCAGCUGGUGCCUGAGCAGCGCCAGCACUUCACGCCGCAGGUUUUCCCUGUGUUUCUGCUGCAUGACGAGACUCGGUACUUUUAUGGCUUUCCGGCUGACGAGCACGGCUUCAAGGUAGGGCUGUACCAUCACCUACGCCAGGUCACCACAGCGGACAGCGUGGACCGCAGCGUGAGCUCCGCAGACGAGGAGGCGCUGCGCCAGUGCGUGCGCCGCUACUUCCCAGAGGCCGAUGGGCGGCUGACACGUGCCGCCGUCUGCACCUUCACCAACACGCCAGACCUGGAUUUCAUUCUGGACCGCCACCCGCUCCACGGGCAGGUGGUCCUGGCCUCCUGCUGCUCCGGCCACGGCUUCAAGUUUGCGCCGGUGAUUGGCAGCAUACUGGCAGACCUGGCGAUGGAAGGGGCCACCCCACACGACAUCUCCCCGCACCGCCUCAGUCGGCAGCGGCCCGGGCAGGCAGCAGUGCUCGAUGCGUUUGCCCGCGGGGGCGGAGAUGCGGCAGCCCGGCUGUGA